AUGGGGACAACGGCCAGCGCAGCCCAGCAGCCAGUCUCCUCAGGCGCCUUCUUUGAGAGUCCACAGGGUGUGGGGACAAUGGAAAGUCGCCCCUCACUGGGUGCCCACCAGCUCCAGACUACUGCCUUGCACAACAUUAGGGCCAAGUCCAUCAUCCCCAAUAAGGUGGCCCCCGUCAUGAUCACAUACAACUGCAAGGAAGAAUUUCAGAUUCAUGAUGAGCUGCUCAAAGCCCACUACACACUGGGCCAGCUUUCUGAUGCCAGCCCCGAGCACUAUCUGGUGCAGGGACGCUACUUCCUGGUGCAGGAUGUCGCCGAGAACACGGACAUACUGGGCACCAAGCAGAGCUGCGGGGCCCCCAACUUCCGGCAGGCACGGAGUGGGCUGGCUGUGUUUGGCAUGGGCCAGCCCAGCCUCUUGGGGUUUGGGAGGGUGCUGCAGAAGCUCCAGAAGGAAGGACACAGGGACUGCCUCAUCUUCUGUGUGCGCGAGGAGCCUGUGCUGUUUCUUCGAUCUGGAGACGACUUUGUGUCCUACACCCCAAGGGACAAACAGAACCUGCAGGAAAAUGUCCAGGGCCUCCGGCCUGGGGGCUGCGUGGAGAGCUUGGAGCUAGCGAUCCGGAAGGAGAUCCAUGACUUUGCACAGCUGAGCGAGAACACGUACCAUGUCUACCCCAGCCCCGAGGACCCGUGGGGGAAGCCCCAUGCUGUGGCUAUUCGGGGCGAGGAUGACGUACAUGUGUCUGGUGAAGUGUUCCGGAGGCCCCUCUUCUUGAAGCCUACCUACAGGUACCACCGCCUUCCCCUGUCCGAGCAUGGGUCCCCCCUGGAGCCGCAGUUGGAUGUAUUUGUCAGUGUCCUCCGGGAGACCCCCAGUCUGCUGUCUCUUCGAGAUGCCUGUGGCCCGGCCCCUGCUCUCCUCUUUAGCUGCCAGACGGGCGUGGGCAGGACCAACUUGGGCAUGGCUCUAGGUGCCCUUGUCCUGUUUCACCAUGAUGGGACAGCCACCAGGUCAAAGGCCGUAGCCCCGCAGAAUAAACCACUACCCAUGGAACAGCUGCAGGUGGUCCAGAGCUUUGUUCACCUGGUGUCCCAGGGCAGGAAGAUGGUGGAGGAGGUGGAUAGAGCUGUGUCUGCCUGUGCGGAACUACAUGACCUGAGGGACGUCAUCCUGGAUGCCCAGAGGAAGCAGGAGUGUGGUCCACCAGGAAGCUUGGUCCAGGGAAGCCGCAGCAUGCACGGAGUCCAGCAGAGGGCGCUGCGGAGCCUGGAGUACUAUUUCUAUCUGAUCCUGUUUAACUAUUACCUUCACGAGCAGUACCCGCUGGCCUUUGCCCUCAAUUUCAGCCGCUGGCUAUGUACCCACCCUGAGCUGUACCGCCUGCCCUUGACGCUGAGCCCAGCAACGUCCCUGGCUCCCCAGGACCUCAUGGCCCAAGGUGCCCUGGUUCCUGAUGACCUCCUGUCUUCGGACGCCCUGGGCACCCUCAGAGAGAUGGAUGUGGCCAACUUCCGGCGAGUCCCCCGCAUGCCCAUUUAUGGCACAGCCCAGCCCAGCUCCAAGGCCCUGGGCUGCAUCCUGGCCCACCUAACAGGUGCUAAGCGGAAGCUGCAGCAAGUGAUGUGGGUGAACCUGAGGGAGGAGCUGGUGGUUCAGCUCGAUGGGCACCCCCACAGCCUGCUCUGGUCUGGGCCUGCCCUGGCCCCUCACCAGCUGGAGGCCCUGGAGACACAGCUGAAGGCCCACCUAAGCAUGCCCCCCAUGGGGGCCCAGGCCUCUCACACACCUAAGUUCCAGUCAUGCCUCACCACACAGGAAGUCUUCAGCCAGCUGCAGGGGACCUUCCCGGGCCUCACCUACCACCGCAUUCCCCUGCCGGACUUAUGUGCACCCCGAGAGGAGGACUUUGACCGGCUGCUGGAGACCCUGCGGGUUGCCCUCAGCGAUGAGCCAGCCACAGGCUUUGUGUUCAGUUGCCUCAGCGGCCGGGGUCGGACCACCAUGGCCAUGGUGCUGGCAGUUCUGGCCUUCUGGCACAUUCAGGGCUUCCCUGAGGUGGAUGAGGAGGACCUGGUGAGCGUGCCUGAUGCCAAGUUCACCAAGGGAGAGUUUGAGGUGGUGAUGAAGGUGGUGCAGCUGCUGCCUGAUGGGCACCGUGUGAAGCGGGAGGUGGACGCGGCGCUGGACACGGUCAGCGAGACCAUGACGCCAAUGCACUACCAUCUGCGUGAGAUUAUCAUCUGCUCCUACCGCCAGGCGAAGGCCGCCAAGACGGAGCACGAUGCAGAGCGCCUGCACCUGCGGAGCUUGCAGUACUUGGAGCGCUACCUGUCUCUGGUGCUCUUCAAUGCCUACCUGCACCUGGAGAAGGCAGCCGCUUGGCAGAGGCCCUUCAGCACCUGGAUGCGCGAGGUGGCAUCCAAGGCUGGAGUUUACGAGAUCCUCAACUGUCUGGGCUUCCCUGAGUUCGAGGGAGAGGAGCAGCUACCCUUCUCCUGGCUGCGCUGUCGGUGGCAGGAGCAGAGAGGCAGCCCUGAGUCCCUCGUGGCCGGCGACUUCCUAUAACGUCUGUCCUCCCUACCCAGGGACAGCACACUGAGCAGGGCUCCCAGAAACAGUUCCUGGUGUCCUGAAAGAGAGACUGACAUGGAGCCGACCCCUUACCUGGAUCGUUUCAAUAGGGCGCUUUGCCCAUGUUCAUUUCUGGUAGCUGUUGGCUGCCAAGCUCAGCUGGGCUGGACCCUCUGCGUGUGAUCUGUCAGUUUGUGGCAAUUUGGCGUCUCAUAUGGGGUUCCCCACCUUCCCUGAGUGUCUCCCCUGUGCUUGCACAUUGGUCAUGGGGU